AUGGCGGAAGAGUCCAAGGACGGUCGAUCGAGGAAGAAGGGAGGAAGUUGCUACGGGAGUUCCGUGCUCGCACUUCACCAAUGCGAGUUCCGUGGAGGCGAAAGGAAACUGAGGAGACCCCGACAAAGAGAAAGCGUAAGGGAAACCAAGUCGAUCCGUCAUCCGUUAACCGCAAAACAUCACGUAUCGCCUCGUUUUCAUCUACACCAACGCGUCCUCCGUGCACUCUUCCAUUCCCUCUCUCUUCCUCUUCUUCCUCUGCUUCGGCCAUGGCACCGCCACCAUGCCAUUCGAGCCCGGGACCCUUGUGACCCCAAAAUCUGCUCUAGCCAGGAGCCGCCGGUUCAGUUCCCGUUCCGGCUCGAACCAUACCAACCUGCCAACUGCAGCUAUAAUCAGGAGUUCGACCUGUCCUGCGACGAUCAUGGGAACACUCUGCUCUCGCUCCCAAAGACCUCGCAUCCGCUCUUCGUCAAGUCCAUCGACUACGCCAAACAGUCCGUCCUCAUGCAGGACUCCAACGAGUGCCUCCCCCUGCUGCUGGCGAACCUUAACCUCUCUAGCUUCUCCUACCAAAGGGUUUAUAACAAGAACCCAGAUGGGUACACGCCCUCCAACUACAACUAUUCCCUGUUCAAGUGCCCACCGCCCGAGAGGACCCAGCAUGACCCGGGUGGACCGCCAGACCCAACCCGGGUUGUACGAUGUUUAUGCUACCUGUUCCAACUCCUAUGUGUUAGAGAAAACUCCCAUAUUAUUUUGAAUAUGAUAAAACUUAUCUAAAGUCUAUUCUGAAGAUCGCCA